UAAUUUUGAAUAUUCCGUAUAUCGGUCUUCUUUAAUUAAUAAAGUUGUACCGAUUGGUAUGCCACCACCCAAAAUAUGUGAAAGGAUAUCAUCGAGUGAAGGCACGCCCGUUGAGAUUAAUAAUUGGCCAUUGUAUGGAGAUAAUCGUGUUCCUGGCGGCGGUUUCGAAGAUUGA